AUGGCGACGGAAGCACUUCUUCCCCUGGGCGCAGCCUACACGGGCGCAACGCAAUCCACGCUCGACGCGGCGCGCAACACCCCCGACUACUUCCCUACCGUAUUCAACCCUUCGACGCUUCACUCCAAAGGUCGGGCCACCGUCGCCGUCGGUCGCACGUCCCUGCUCAAGAAUGGACCGAAAGACGGCUUCAAGCUGUACCACGAGGUGCACGGCACGGGUCCGAUCAAAGUCGUCUUCGUCAUGGGACUCAACAAUUCGUGCUUUGGCUGGUUGCCUCAGGUGGAGCAUCUGAGUCAGGACGAGCGCUACUCGUGUUUGGUGUUUGACAACCGGGGUGUGAGCAACAGCGAGACGCCGGCGGGGUGGUACAGCACGUCGGAGAUGGCCAAGGAUGCGUUUGAUCUGUUGGAAGGUCUGGGGUGGAAGAAGGUGCACAUUGCGGGUGUUUCGAUGGGAGGGAUGAUCGGGUUGGAGAUGGCACGACAACGACCCGAGAUCAUUUCGUCGUUGACGUUGAUCUCGACUGCCCCUGGGAGGAGGUAUCACACUCCCACCUACGGUCUCACCUCCCUGGCCCGUGUCCUUGGGGGUAGAGUGCUAGGUUUUGACAGCGAGCAGUAUCGACUCAAUCGACUCAUCACCACCCUCUUCCCCUCGCCUUGGCUCGCUCAACCCUCCACCAAAGAUAACAAGCGAACCAACCAAGAGGUGCUGUACGAAAUGUUCAAGUGGCGCUUUCACUUUACCACCCGCCAAACCCUCCACGGCGCAGUGAGCCAGAUGAAGGCCGCCCUCACCCACAACAUCCCCGACGAAGCGCUCGGACGCAUCAACACAAACGUGCCCAAGAUCGCCAUCCUCACCGGUGACACGGAUUACCUGGUCGAUCCGCGCAACUCGGACUACCUCAAGAAGCAUCUCCCCACGGCCGAGUUUCACAAGUUCGACAUCGCCGGCCACGCCCUUGGCAACCAGAUCGCGGAUAAGGUCAAUGCGAUCCUCGAAAAGGUCAUUGCCGAGGGCGAGGAGAAGAGCAAGUCCGUCGCUUAG